AUGCCAAAUAAAUUUAAAUAUUUUUUAUUAAAUUUAAUUUAUUUAUUUUUAAUUUCUUUCCAAAUAAGUUUAAUUAAAUGUCAAAACCAAACAGAACAAUUAAAUAAUCAGACAAAUUCCUCUAAUAUUUUACCUUUUCAAUUAAAAAUUGGAUUACUCUUUGCUAAUUCAACAUCAGCAUUACGUUUAUUAUUUGGAUUUGCUCAGUCUGCACCAGCAAUUAAUUUAGCAAUUAAAAGGGCUCGAAAUGAGAGUUUAAUUGAUAAUAUUAAUUUUACAUUUUCAUGGCUAAAUUGUGAUUGUGACACGUCCUUGGCUGCUGGAUAUACAAAUAAAUUAUUUCUUGAUGAAAAUGUGGAUGCAAUUAUUGGUCCCCCAUGUGUUACAGGUAUCGAACAGAAAAAUAAUCGAAAAAUAUUUUUUUCCUAA